AUGAAUUGUUAUGCUGAAUUUCAAAUGGAUUUCAGAUCUCAAGUUUUGAGUCAAAAACAUUAUUGCACAAAUAUGAAGCAAACGAAGUUUCGAUGCCAAGCCCUGAAUUUUGUCAUACAUAAAUUAAUUGGAAAAUGGGAAGAUAAUGUGAAAAAUCUUCCGAAGACAAAAUCAGACAAAGAGAAGUUUGAGAUGAUGGAAAAGAUUAGAACAGCAGCUGUUAUUCCGACCCUUCAAGCUAUAGCGAAUAUUAAGAGAUUUCCCAUGAAAGUGAACUACGUUGCUGUAACUCUAUUGAGAAAAAAGAUUUUCCUUCUUAGUCGUCAAGUAGUCUUAACUGUAAAAGGAGCCAUCAUUACUUACAAGCUUGUUCUUAUUCAAUUUAAAGCGAACGAUAUUAUUACUGACUAUAAUCCCUUUGUCACAGGUGGUUCCAACAAAAAAUAG